UGAUCUUUAAACCAAUCCAACCUUUCCCACAUGGCAAGACAGGAAGGCUCUGAUGAGUUAAUAACCUUAUGAAUAUUAUUUUUAUCAUGAAACAAAGGCAAGGCACAGACAGCUGCUCAGGUUGUACAUUUUAAAAGUGUUAAAUGAUGAACACAUAAGGCUCAUGAAUGAACAAAACCAAUAUGGAGCAUGGACAAGGAAGGCACAAAAAACGCUGCAGAAGCCAAAGAGGAACAGCACAAACUGAGAGGCUUAAGUAGCUCAGCAAACAGGUGAGAGAGGAAGACAAUCAGAUCAGACACAGGUGGACUGAAUGAAGCUGAUGGGCAGCGAAAAACUGGCAGGUGGAGCAGAAUGACAAGAAAACAUGAAAACACGAGCACAGCAUGAAGCAGGACAAAACACGACAAUAAACCAAGAAACUGAACAUGAGGAAAUAAUGUACAUACAUACAUAUGUAAACAUGGUGGCAGAGUGUGUCUGAGGCCUAAUUAAAGUAAGACAACUUUUUCUUUCCAUUAUCAUCAAUAUUCACAUUUUUGAUCUGCAUUUAAAAUCUGUACAAUUUUAGAUCCAACAAGAAAAUAUUGAAUUGAGCAUCACUGACAGGUGCAGGUGACCCUGGGUAAUCUGCUGAGCAAAUAAUCUCACUACUGUUGGAAAUAAUAGUUAAUUUACUUGCCUCAGUACAUUUGUUGUUACAGUAGAUGAAUUAGAUUAAUUUCCUCUAUAACAUAGAAACAGCCCAGGAGAAAAUCAAGCAUAUUUUUGCAUCUGAAGACAUUUUUUAUUAUUACAUUUCGCAAUCUAUCAAAUAACAGGACUAAUAAUAAGAAUGAUUAUGAGAAAAAUGUAAAAAGCAGAAAAUAAAGAUGUUCAGAUCUGCACACCUGGCCUGUGGCUCUGCAAGCCGAGCCUGAUUGGACUAAAGUACCCAGAUGAAGGCGUGUCUCAUUUCUGACACUGUGUGUGGGUGUGUGUGUGUGUGUACGGGUGUGAGAGAGAAGACAAACAAUCCAAUUAGUCUCAGCCACAAAGGAGGCCAUCAUUAUCUCUCAGCUGCAGCUUAUCAAACCAUUUAUUUGCUGCUUUUGAGACUUUGGUUUUAUUUUUCAGUAAAAAACUGUCAAUUUGGUUCAGAAAAAAUGAUGACAUUAUGUAAACGUGAUUUGUAUAUAUGUUUUUAUACACAUACAAACACAUCUCGCUGGAGCUAAAAUCCUGUUUCCUGUGAUAUCCAUCUUUGUUUUGUUUUUUUCAAGAGCUUAACUAAAGAAAUGUUGUCCAAAUUGUGUGUUUGAAACAGGCUACUAGUAAAGAGCAUGAAGAACUGAUUUAAAAUGAGUUCUUAUCUAAGCUCUCUGACGUGUCGACACUACAUUGUGUCUUUGUUUAGGUUUCAGAGCCAUUUUAUAUCAGAAUGAUUCAAUUCUCAGAGGUGAACAGCUCUAGAAACUGUAAAUGAGUGAAAAAUUCUAAUAAUUUUAUAAGAAAGUUGCACAUUUCUCAAGUUUUAAAUAAUUUGUGUUGCUGAAAAGCAAAUGCAAGUCCAUAAAAAGAGAAACGUUCUGGUCUUUGUCCUCAGUUUUAUCUCGGUGAUCACGUUUUCUGACCUAGUAGUCAGUCUUCAUCACCUGUUGCUGAACAGAUCUGCAACAGUAUUUAAGAACUUUAUUUUAGAUGUAUACCUCUGCAACUUUUGUUGUUGUUAAUUAACAACAACAAACUUUAGUGCAUUAGUUUAAUUUUAUAUGAUUGAAGUAGAGUAUAGAAAAGAAAAUUGUUUUCUAAAUGUUUGUGCAUGUACAAAUCCUGUUUAAUUUUCACCUAAUUGGUAAACAACGUAAUUUAAUCUGAGUGUAAAUUCAGCUGUUCUGUUUCUGGUAUUACAGAUUUGUUAGAGAACUUUAGUGAACAGCCAGAACGACCCAAACCCAGGAACACAGCAGACAGGUCAGGGAGGGAUUUAAAGGACGUUAGGUUUUAAAACAACCUCCCAAGCAGAGGCGGCCUGAGCCCGUUUGGCACCCUGGGCAAACACGUUUCAGAGCGCCACCAGCAAAGACACGCAACUGCACCAAACUCCAGUUGUUUUGUGCAAAACAUGUUGGUACCAUAUCAAUUUCCUUCCACUCACAGUUAUGCAAAUCAAACUUCAAACCAAGACAGUUAUACUUUAUGUUGCUUUAUCACUUAAAAUCUGAAUAAAACUAAAGUUUGUUGUAAUGUGAUAAGGUAGAAAACUGAAAUGGAAGUGAAACAGUAUCGGAGACUCUGUAAAAAUCACCAUAUUCAUUAUUAAUGGCUGUUUUACUGAAGGAUUAACUUUUUAUUCUAUCCAUACCCUGGACAUGCAUUCCGCUCAGAAUACAUGAUUCAGCUCUUCAGCAGCCGUGUAAAACAUUAUAAAGCAUCAGAGCCAGUGUUUAAACCCAUCUCUGGGUCGGAGAUUUAAACUUUUCUUUAUAGAUAAAAGGAGGUGAGACGUUCGUCCUGCAGCUCCGGGGACAAACCGACUCACUCCCGUUCAAAAUAUUUUGUUUCUGUGCGUAAAAUGCUGCAUCCUGGCGCGGAGGAUUUCUUGGAAAGACCUCCGUGUCGGUGGCGCUUCCUUCACGCCCCGCUGCUGUGGGUUGGAGCUGAUCAGGAGUGGCAUCUCGGCGACAAAAUCCCGCUGAAAGAGCGUCCUUUAGAGCUCAGGCAUGCAUGAAGCUGUGAGCUCACUGGCGUUAUAAAUAUCCCCAGCAGAAGCACCGCGGCCGGGGUAAUGCCCACCCGCGCCGCACGUUUGUGCGCGCAAACCUUCUGGGUUCUUGACCUCGCCACUGGAUCGGUUAAAAUGCGAAACGCGGCGUGGUGAGAGUCUCCUGCUGGGAAGAAUGAAUGUUCCUCUCUGCCUUCUGACCUUCGCUCACUGGAUUUGCGCCGCGGCCGCAGCGCAGCGCGCCUCUUUGCUCCUUCAGGAGGGGAUCAGCUCGGGGCGCAGGACCUGCAGGCUCUACUGCAGGGUUGGCAUCGGCUUCCACCUCCAGAUUCAUCCCGACGGCAGAGUGAACGGCAGCCAUGAGCCCAACCAGCUGAGUGUCCUGGAGCUGAUUGCGAUUUCUCAGGGCGUCAUCGGCAUCAAAGGGGUUUACAGCAACAGAUUCCUGGCCAUGAAUAAAAGAGGACGGCUUCACGCCACCGAAUGGUUCUCAGACGACUGCAAGUUCAGGGAACGUUUCCAGGAGAACAGCUACAACACCUACGCCUCAGUGAUCCACAGGAACCAAAGGACCGGUCGGGAGUGGUAUGUUGCCCUUAAUAAGCGGGGGAAAGCUAAAAUGGGCUCCAGUCCGCGGGUCAAAUCCCAGCACGUCUCCACCCACUUCCUACCCAGGGCCAGCCUGCAUGACUUUACCCAGAAAGGCUUCACCAUCACAGAGCGGAGCAAAGAGAGGAGGAAAGCGCCGCCACCGUCGCCCCCCAGACCUCCAGCCGUGAUCCCGAAAGCCCCCACAGGACCAGUCCAGAGACGCAUACAGGUCAAAUACUGGCCCAAGUUCAGGUUUGGAUAAGUUUGGAAAGGAGGGACCAGAAUAAUAAACUUUAAAUAAACUGGACAAAAGUCAUUUCUGAUGCUCAAAUCAUUCCAGGAUUCUGUGUAGCAUGGAAAACAAACUCAAAGGCCUGCCAGGAACACUCACUCAACCUGACGCUCGGAUCUGUGGUGACGGGUGGAAGUUUUCUUUGCACUUAACUCUGUGUUGCUCCUUCCUGUUGUACAUCAUCACUAAUGUUCUGGUUAUGGUGCUUUUAAAGCAGAAAUCCUACCUGAACACAUC